ACGAUUGUGACUACUGCUAGGAAUUUUAACACGAUUGUUCUUUGUUCACCUCAGCAGCCUUGUACUUCUUUGGCUAAUGAACUAGAGAAGCAAUGUAAAGUUGGGUUGAGUUGGGUUGGGCAUCAACUUGUAUAACAUAAAAAAGAAAGAGAAAAGAUAGGAAAAGGAGUAUGAUAGAAUAAAAGUGGAGAAUCCCAAGCUUUACUAUGUGCAAUAGUAUGAUGACGUAAGUAUUGUCCCUAGGUGCACCAAGCAAUCAACCCCCACUGAGUGGGGUCAGUAUGUUGAGAUGAGUUGAACUGAAGAACAAAAAAACAAGUCAUAUUUCUCACUUCUUCCACAUUCUAAUAUGCAUACUUUUUAUCUCUCUCUCUCUUUCUCUCUCUCUCUAUUAGUUUCUUCUCUCAUUCACUUUUGAACUUAUUAUAACCCUUCAUGGUCAUCACUCAUCAGUCAUAACCAUCCCAUGCAGCUCCCACCUUGACCCCUCCAUGUAAUAAAUUGAGAUUUUUUAGGAAACUAAACAGAAAGAAAAAUGAUUUCCCUAGAAGAAGUAAUUGAUGAUCAUAAUAGACAGCAAACUGAAGAAUUAUUACUUACAGAUGUUGUUAAUCUCGAUGAAACUGGUGAUGACGAGGACUACAACAACGGCAAUCAUCAUCCCGGGGAGUGGCUGAAUUUGAGUCUUAAUAGUACUAGCAGUAGCAGUAGUAGUAGCAGCAAUAUUAAUACUAUAGCUGGAGACUCAGAUCAGCUACAACAACCAAGACAGUCUGCUCCUUCUGGCAAGGUAUUUUCUUGUAACUUCUGCAUGAGAAAGUUUUACAGCUCCCAGGCAUUAGGGGGCCACCAAAACGCCCACAAGAGAGAGAGAGGUGCAGCCAGAAGGUAUCAGUACUCUCACAGGUCAAUGAUGUCCAUGAUGAGCUUGAUGCCCUUCAACACCUCUACUACUUCUAUGAUCAGGUCACUCGGCGUUCACCCCCAUUCGUUAGUCCACAAGCGGGGCUGCAACAGUAGGCUUGGAACUUCAGUUGCAGCCAGAUUUGAUGAAGAAGCUACUCCUGGCCUUGGAAUGGUUUGGACUUCUCCAUUUCCGCUUGAUGAUGCCAUGGAUUUGAUAUGGCCCGGAAGCUUCCGGAUGGAUCAUCAACAGGUAGCAGCAGAGCCCAAGAUAGAGCCUCUCAAGCUCGAUUUAAACCUGCGACUCUGAUUAUAUAGAUAUAUAUAUUUACAUAUAUGUAUGAACAUCAAACUUCCACUAUUCUAUGCAAGUUUGUUCUUCUAUAAGAGGAUCAAGGUGAUGUUUUUGUUCAUUUACCAAGUACAAAACUAACGUAUUUAGGUAGAAGAAGAACCUAGCCUACUGUGAGAAGGCAGUAGUACCAAGAUGGAAGUUAGUUCUUACUCUUUGUGCCUGUAAUAGUACCUACAAACUAUAGAAACACCCAACUGAAAAAGUCCAAAAGCCUAUUUUCAAUUUCUGUUGGUGUUUAGUUUGGAUCCCACUGUGCAUGGAAUAAUAAAUCCAGUGCAAUAUUAUAUGCUUAUGACACUGAUUUUGGAGUUAUUCCAUUGAACCCAAUUAAUUUAUGUUUUUGUCUUUUGUUAAUAAUUCAAUCGUCAGUAAUUGUACUCUUCA